GAAUUAAGAACCAAUCCAAAAGGGCGGAACGAUCGAUCAAAUAAAAAACCACAUCACUCCAGAAACUAACAUUCAAGAUGCCGCGAAUGACACCCGAACUGUUACUUUCAACUCAUUCCUACCUCAAUCCACUCAAAGAUCGUGAAUUAGACUUACGUGGUUUUCAAAUACCAGCUAUAGAGAACUUGGCAGUUACUAAAGAUUCAAUCGAUUCAUUAGACUUAACCGAUAAUAUAAUCCGAUCAGUCAUCAAUUUACCCAAAUUAAACCGAUUGAAACAUCUUUAUUUAUCUAAUAAUCCAAUCACAUUUAUUUCACCCAACUUAUCACAAUCAUUACCUAAUUUAAAAUCACUAGUAAUGAGUAAUUGUCAAUUGACUAAUUUCAAUCAACUUUUUAAAAUUUUGAGUCAAUUCAAACAUUUAGAAUUCUUAGUUCUUAAUGGAAAUCCGAUUACUAAAAUGUCAUUUUAUAGAGAUUGGUGUAUUUAUAGUUGUAAGAAACUUAGAAUGUUAGAUCAUCGUAGAAUCAAAGAUCAGGAAAGAAAAACAUCAUUAGAGUUGUUUUACGAUCCAACCACAAAACUACCCACCGAUCUAGCAAAAAGUCUAUUAAUCCUAGAUGUUCAAACUGAAAACAAUGCAAUCCAAAUGGAUUAUCAACAAAAAGAUCAACAAUUACCAGGACAAAUGGGAAAAACUUUAACCAAUGAAGAAAGAGAUCGAAUCAAAUUAGCAAUCGAAAAAGCUGAAACAGUAGAUGAAGUUAGAAGAUUAAAAAGAAUGUUGGAACAAGGUUUUGUUCCUAAAGGUGAAAAAGAAAUUCAAGUUGAAAAAGAAGUUGAAAAGGAAACUGAAACGCAAAAAGAUACGGAAAUGGUAACAGAAAAGGAAACUGAAACGGAAAAUCAAAUGGUUGUUGAUGAAGAAGUAGUAGUAACUAAACCUACCAAAAAUACCAAAAAACCAACCAAAGCUUCUGGAGCAAAGAGAGGAGCAAAAGCUAAAAAAUGA